AUGCCUACUACCAUCACCCCUACUGCCAUCACCCCUACCACCCGUACCAUUACCACCAUCACCCCUACUACCCAGACCAGUGACUACAGCGAGGUGGUAUCAGACUCCUUCCCCUCCGCCCCGGCAGAACCUCUCCCAGAGUUCCAGCUGGAACCCGAGGAUGGGUUUGUCGUGAAGAACCGUCCGGUGCAGCUCCGCUGUAGGGCCGCCCCCGCUACGCAGAUAUACUUCAAAUGUAAUGGAGAGUGGGUCAACCAGAACGAUCAUGUGACCAAAGAGAGCCUCGACCAGAUCACAGGCCUGGUGGUGAGGGAGGUGGAUAUCUCUGUAUCGAGGACCCAGGUGGAGGAAUUGUUUGGUCUGGAGGACUACUGGUGUCAGUGUGUGGCCUGGAGCUCUGCAGGCACCACCAAGAGUAGCCGCGCGUACGUCCACAUCGCAUACCUGCGUAAGGCCUUUGAGCAGGAGCCUCUGGGUCGAGAGGUGAGAUUGGAGCAGGAGGUGUUGCUGCAGUGUCGACCCCCUGAGGGCAUUCCCCCUGCUGAGGUUGACUGGUUAAAGAAUGAGGAAACCAUAGACCCAUCUCAGGACUCUAACUUCCUGAUGACCAUUGAUCAUGACCUCAUUAUUAAACAGGCCCGUCUCUCUGACACGGCCAACUACACCUGUGUGGCACGUAACCAUGUAGCCAGGAGACGCAGUAGUACCGCCACGCUUAUCGUCUAUGUGAGUGGGGGCUGGUCUUCGUGGACUGAGUGGUUGGAGUGUAGCGCCCGCUGUGGGCGGGGCUGGCAGAGACGGACACGCAGCUGCACCAAUCCUGCUCCUCUAAACGGGGGAGCCUUCUGCGAGGGCCCGCCUUUUCAGAGAGUUACAUGCACCACUCUAUGUCCAGUGGACGGAGGCUGGACAGAGUGGGCCAAGUGGUCAGUGUGCGGGACAGAAUGUACCCAUUGGACAAGCAGGGAGUGUCAGGCCCCCCCGCCCCGAAACGGAGGACUCCACUGUAGUGGGAGCAUGAUGGAGAGCAAGAACUGCACCGACGGACUCUGUUCACGCACGUUGGACCCUGGUAUUGGUGUAAUGGUGUAUGCCGGCCUGGUGGGGGCGCUGUUACUCUCUGUGGUGCUGGUACUGUGUGUUGGGGUGUUGGCAUACCGACGCAACUGUCGCCAUCUCCACGGUGAUAUCACUGACUCCUCCUCCGCCCUCACCGCCGCAUUCCACCCCGGCAACUACAAACAACCCAGACAGGACAACCCUCACCUCCUCCACCCCUCUGCGCCCCCAGACCUGACAGCCACAGCGGGUACCUUCAGGGAUCCUCUCUUCUCCCUGCGGCAGGGUGCCAACGAUGGUCACCACAAGAUCCCCAUGACAACCUCUCCCCUGCUGGACCCCCUGCCCAGCCUCAAGAUCAAGAUGUACAACUCGUCCACCCUGUCGUCCCUGGAGCUGCCAGAGGUGCUGACGGUGGGGGAGGAGAGUCUAUCGUCCCCCUGCUACCUCCAGCUAGAGGAGUCGAACUGCCACGUGGUGAUGGAGCAGUUGGGGACCUACGGUCUAGUGGGCCAGUCCUGCCCUCCCCAGCCCGCCUGUAAGAGGCUACAGCUGGCCCUGUUCGCCCCAGAGCCCCCUCUCUACCUCCAGACCCUCCCGCCCUGCUCCCCUAUCCCCUCCGGGGGUACCUGCCUGCCCUCCUCCCAGGUGGGGCCCUAUGCCUUCCGUCUGCCCACCACCAUACGACAGAAGAUCUGUGCCAGUCUGGAUGCCCCCAGCGCCCGCGGCUGUGACUGGAGACUGCUGGCUCACAGCCUGGACUUCGACAGGUAUCUAAACUACUUUGCAACAAAGCCCAGCCCCACAGCUGUUCUGUUGGACCUAUGGGAGGCCUGUCACCAAGGUGACGCGGACCUGGUGUCCCUGGCGACAGCUCUCGAGGAGAUGGGCAAAAGUGAGGUGAUGGUUGUCAUGACGACAGACGGGGACUGCUGAUUAGUCAAGGGAGGGGGGGUGGGUGGCGGGGGGAGAGAGAGAGAAGAAAAUAAGUAGGGAAAGAAUCUAGAAAGAAAAUGAAACCAAUACUUGCCUAUGGAUAUGCACAAGGACACAUACCCAGUACACACCUUGUGGACAGAUCUAUCACUCACAGACUACUAGGAUGAAUGAUCUCACCUCUGGCCCAUGGCCCAUCUCCACUCAGUGUCCCCCUUCAUCAGCCUCCCUGUGCCCAGCACAUACACCCCAUCCUGGGCUAGCUCUGCUACCCGCUGCCCAGGCUCACCUUGAGGCCUACCUCCCUCUGCUGAAGGUGUAAAGUAUGAGGUGUUUAUUUGUACAUAACCCCACACUGCUUGAAGACCUUCAAAAAUGCCAAGCACUCAUGCAAUCACACACACACACACACACACAGUGAGCGGCAGGCAGUGCGGAUCUGUCUGUCUCAAACCCUCAGGCUUCGGAUACGCGGACAGAUCACAGACACAUCUACAGCCAGACCACAGCCAGAGUCACAGACACAUCUACAGCCAGACCACAGACACAUCUACAGCCAGACCACAGACACAUCUACAGCCAGACCACAGCCAGAUUCACAUACACAUCUAUAGCCAGACUACAGCCAGAAUCACAGACAUCUACAGCCAGACCACAGACACAUCUACAGCUAGACCACUCCUCUCUCUCUCUCUCUCCUCUCUCCUCUCUCUCUCUCCUCUCUCCUCUCUCCUCUCUCCUCUCUCUCUCCCCUCUCUCUCCU